AUGGCUUCACCCAGCGAGUUGUGGAACGAGCGCCGCUGCACAGGCAUCGGUUGGGUCAAGCUUGACACCGAUCGUCAAAAGCCAGCUCAACCAGAUGGCGCUGUCCGUGCUGAUGCCGCCCCACCCGAAGUCCGAUGCAUAGGAAGAAGCUUCCAAGGCAGUUGUGAUCAGCGGGCCGGGUGGUCGGAGGUGGAUGAUCAUACCUGGGCAGUGGUUUGCGGUGGCACAUUCCGAAUGAUGAUGCACAGACCUAGCACGGUGGCAGAGACCGAUCCAAUUCAGCCUUUGCUUUGGCAGUGCGAAGGCGUAAGCUUCCGCAUUGAACGGGUACCUCAACAGCAUGAGGCACCUGUGCCAUCACAACGAGAGGCACACAACGCACACAGCAACGAGACCGACAUAGAAGAUGUGACCGUGGAGUCAGAGGACGUUAUGGCUCAUCUCGCUCGAGGAACACUUGCAGUAGCAUCACGUGCAAGGGCAAUUGUCACAUUUUGGGGUUCAGAACGCAAGAGCCCACAGAGUCUUUCUCCAGGCUCAUUCGCCAUGGACGUAGCAAAGGCUUCGAGACGCAUCUGUGCCCAGGCAGGAAAAAUAUCUCGGCGGUCUGUCGAGCAGGCGAGACAAGUCGUGUUUUUCCCUCUCCGACUUUACGCCGCUUCUGGUGCGCCAAAGACGGGACAAGAUCCUUCAUGA